AUGCACCAACCGCCACCCAACUCAGCCACAGCCCCCAACGCGCCGCCGCAAAUCAGCGUGAACGGAACCCAACUGCAGGUGGUGGAGAACUUCCCAUACCUGGGUAGUACUCUCUCCCGCAACACCAAGAUCGACGACGAAGUCGCCAACAGGAUCUCGAAAGCCAGUCAAGCCUUCGGUCGCCUCCAAAGCACAGUUUGGAAUCGUCAUGGUCUCCAACUGAGCACGAAGCUGAAGAUGUACAAGGCUGUCAUACUGCCGACGCUACUGUAUGGAGCGGAGACUUGGACGGUGUACGCAAAGCAGGCAAGUCGUCUGAACCACUUCCACCUCAGUUGUCUUCGUCGCAUCCUGAGGCUGAACUGGCAGGAUCGAAUCCCCGACACUGAUGUGCUGGAACGGACGAGAAUCCUCAGCAUCUACGCCAUACUGAGGCAAAUUCAGCUGCGCUGGUGCGGUCACCUGGUGCGCAUGGACGACGAGCGACUACCCAAACGACUCUUCUACGGAGACGUCGCGACGGGUUCUCGCCGUCAAGGAGGCCAGAUUCGCCGUUACAAGGAUACCCUGAAGUCCUCCCUGAAGCUACUGCAAAUCAACCCCACCAACUGGGAGGAGCUCGCACUCAAUCGACCGACCUGGAGAAGGACAGUGAAGACAGGCGCUGCGAUCUACGAAGCCAACCGCAUCGCUGCCGCCAAAGCGAAACGUGAAGCCCGCAAAUCACAACUUCGCCCAGUAAGCAACGCCGCCGCACAACCGCUUCCAACGUGUCCUCGAUGUCAACGGACAUUCCGGGCACGAAUCGGACUUGUUGGACAUCUUCGGAUUAACUGCGCCCCUUGAACGGCACCAACCAUCGUCCCCCCGCCUGCCUCUUCCUCCUCCUCUCCGCCGCCAACUAACCCUGACAAUUCUUCUGACCCACCACUUCCAUCAUCCUCCUCCUCCUCCUCCUCGCCCACUGCUCCAACGGCGGCCGCUCAGGCGACUGUCCCACGCACAGCAACCGACACUACCACCACCUCCCCCGACUCCAGGGAUGAGGAUCAGGACUACACCUGCCCUCACUGCGACCGUACCUUCACCUCACACAUCGGCCUGGUCGGUCACUUGCGAAUCCAUCGUACAGAGCCAGGCGAACCAGUGCGCGAAGCACCAACCUACACCCACCGCACUCGCCUCCACUGCCCACACUGCCCUCGCACCUUCAGGCAUCGCAUGGGCCUUUUCGGCCACAUGCGCAUCCACGAGAGCGGCCUUGCCCGCACUCCCGACACACCCACCACAUCCAACACAUCCACCGUGCACACCCCCACUCUCGUUCCAUCCGUCCGCGACACCACCACCACCACCACCACCACCGCCUCCUCUGUAGCUGACACUGACACCGUAGACUUCUCAUGUCCACACUGUCCACGCACAUUCACCUCACGUAUCGGCCUGGUCGGUCACUUGCGAAUCCAUCGCACAGAGACUGGCGAACCAGUGCCUGGAGCACCCACCUAUACCCACCAAGCUCGUCUCAACUGCCCACACUGUCUUCGCACUUUCAGGCAUCGCAUGAGCCUAUUCGGCUACAUGCGCAUCCACGACGACCUGCGGUAG